AUGCAGGUCAAGAUGAAAGGCUGGCCUCAAGCCACCGCACUCUAUUUCACGGUCAUUCUUUGCUUCCUCGCUGGUCUCCUCAAUGCUGGUCCUCUUCAACGCACCAAAGGUCACACCUCUGUCGUCAGCCACUGGUCUCAUACGCCCACCUCUCACCGUGGUCAUCAUGCUCCUACUGUCGCUGCUUCCCACGAGGUUGCCCUUCGUCCUUCACACGACAUCGUCCCCUCCGGGUCGGCUGUCAAGCGUGACACGGAACUCAGCCAUGACUACGCCUUAGUCUGUGUCGACCGUACCCUCACGGGAUUAUGUCAGCAAUCGGUACAUGACUAUUACUGCGAUUCACAUGGUCGGGUGAACCACAAGAAGCAGGCAGAGAAGGCUUGCGACCAGUACUGCAUCUGUUUCUCCAUCUCCCCAAAGCCGUGCUAUAAGUAUGUCAACAUGCUCAAUUGUGCCGUCAAGGACAACAUGGUCGUUGACACGAACAAUGGCACUUUUCUUGGUUACCUCUCGGACGCCCGAGUGCUCGAAGAUGGCUCUCUAGAUUUUACGCCCACCAAAGUCGUCGAAAAUAGCUCUCUAGACUUGGCGCCCACCAAAGAAAUUGCCAAACGCCAUGAUUACGCGUUGCUAUGCCAGGACCGCGAGCACACUGCCUGGUGUGGUACGUCGUACCAGUAUUACUGCACUUCGAACGGUGCUCUGAAUCGCAAAAGCACCGGUGAACACUGGUGCGAGGAGAAUUGUUGGUGCUUCAACACAAAACCGAGGAUUCAAUGCUUUCCAAAUGCGGCGCUUCUCACUACCUGCCUGCUUAAAGGAAAGCAGGUCUAUCUGGCCAAUGGCACUCUUCUGGGAGAUGUCAACGACGCACAUAUCUACCCCAACGGUACAUUGGACUUCCGCAAGCUAGUUGCGAGAGAUUCUAUUGCAGCAUCAGCCGACCCGCAGCAGAUGAUCUGCAAGUCUCACUCUAGAGAAGUGUCUCCUUUCACUGGCGGCUUACUAUAUGACAAGAACUUGACCAUGUUCUGCGCGCACCAUGGAUACUCAUGCGUUAGCGACCCUGCACGGGCAAUCUUCACAUUAACACGGCAGCCCGGCACGAAGGACAUGAAGAAAUGUGAUGUCGCUUGUGGCUGCCCGUCGUCAACUUGGAAGCGUGAAGGCACAGAGCACGAUUUAAUCCGGCCUUCCCCGACACCCAGCGGAGUGACCAUUCAAGAUCUUGUCCUUGGCUGCAGUUCGAACAACGGGAUUACCAAAGGCACCUGGUCAUUUGAUGUCUCUUUGACCGACUACUGCAAGAAGCAUGGCUAUGAUUGUGGGCCUGGGCCAGUUUGGGUCUUACAGCAUAUGGAGGUCAUUCAAGAGUGUCAAGCAGGAUGUGUUUGUCCGGCGACGCCAGGAAAGCGUGCGUCUGCUUUGUCAUUGCCUUCGAAGACAAGAAUCAACCUGGAGCCUAGAGCAAACGAUAUCACAACUAUCCCCGCGACCAAUAAUCUUGAUCUUUUCGGUAUGACCUGUUGGUCACAAGGCAGACACAACGAAUCUCUCACUCUCCACUGCCGAGAUGGAGGCUAUUCCUGUGUGCCUCUGGAGCACACUACCCUACGAACUCUCACUCACAAUGGCGCUGAUAUUCCUGAAUGCACUCACAGCUGUCGGUGCUCGAAUCCGCUCGCUCGUGAAGCUGGUGGACGCAGACGAUCCGAGCAGGGGACCUCAAUUGACGAUAGCAAGCGUUCAGUGCACAAGGAAAUAGCGGUAACUGGAAUUAAGAUUCCAGGCUCUACCGCGGUUGCUCCUCCAAGUGGUGUCCCCAGUCAGUCCAGCAGGUUCGCUCUCAACUGCGGCAAUGUAGCGGACGGGCCUAGCUUCUGCCAGCAAUUGGAUUUGGGCUACUUUUGUGGUUACAACAUGACCGUUAUGCGAACUUCCACCGUGCAAAAUCAGGGUGUGACGUGGUGCGACUAUUACUGCAGCUGCAUCUUCAGAGACCCCAUCCCUUGCGUCAACGAAUGGAAUAUUCCCCUUUGUCGCGAAAUGUGGGAUGGGACUGUUCGCGAUGCCUCGAGAUUGCAGAUCGUACUUGCUUAUGUUGAGGAUGUCAUCAUAUUGCCCAAUAAUUCCAUCUUGCUUGAUCGUGGGCAGGAUGGUGGCUUCCCGUUUGUUGCCGCGGCGCAUGGUAGACAUGGGCCUGGCUCCAACGGUACCUGGACAGACUGGCCUACAAAUGGGACGGCCAAUGCGUGGUAG